AUGACUCUGUCGAAGAAUUUAGAAAAGAAAAUUGGUAAAAAAAUAAAACGUUGUCAGCUGCUGAUUGAAAAGGAUGCCGGAACUCAGUUUUGCGAUGAUCCGACUGAGUUCAUCGUAAUCUGCAACGCAGGCCUUUCGACCGGCUUACAGCAAGAGGCUCUGCUUGCAGAAGCUCUACAGCAUGGACCUAUUAAACAGGUUCAAUUUCCUCCAGGCAAAUCUUUCUGCUUCCUACAAUGUACGUCCAAUACUAGUGCACUAGCUGUAUAUACGGCACUGAACGGUGUUUGUGCGCUGGGUCAAGAUGGAGCUGUAUUGUUGUUAGCAUUCUGCAAAGCAUUUCCUGCGUGCCAGGAUAAUGAUCCAUGGUGCAGUAACAAUCUACCUAGUGGUCUAAUUCUUGAACGUGAUUUUAUUGACGAAACAAUGGAGAAGAUCCUAUUGGAAGCCGUGAAUUGUGACGAUUGCGAAGAAACCAGCAACGAGCAACUGAAUAAGACCCUGAAGCAUCGCAAAGUUAAACAUUUUGGGUAUGAAUUCGUUUACGGAACAAAUAACGUAGAUAAAACGAAGCCACUGGAACGCAAAAUACCCGCUGUUUGCAAUGAACUGUGGAGUAGAUUGCAAAAUCUUCAUCCCGAGCUACGUUGGCACGUGCCGGACCAACUGACGGUGAACCAAUACGAUCCGGGGCAGGGUAUACCACCGCAUGUAGACACUCACAGUGCCUUUGAGGAUCCGAUACUAUCCCUUUCGCUUGGAAGCGAAAUAGUGAUGGAAUUUAAGCACCCUUCAUCAGGGAAACAGGUAUGCGUUGACUUACCUUCCAGAUCACUUCUGAUAAUGGGCGGAGAAAGCCGAUACGAUUGGACGCAUGGUAUAACACCACGCAAGAUGGACACGAUUCGAGCACCAAACGGUGGAUUAACUGUACGAAAGCGGAAACUUCGAGUUUCGUUAACGUUUCGAAAGUUGCUUCAGAACGAACGUUGCAAAUGUCAAUUUCCGCGACUCUGUAACACCGCACGGGAGGCAGCAGAAAAGCACACCGGUUUGCUAGAAUGUCAUGCUGCACAGGUCGAAGCGCAAAACGUUCAUCGGGUUUACAAUGAGAUAGCGAAACAUUUUAGCGACACUCGACACUCGCCCUGGCCAAGGGUAGAAGCGUUUGUGCAAUCGUUACCGGCAGGGGCAGUUUUGUUGGAUGUUGGGUGCGGAAACGGAAAGUAUUUAGCUUCGAGCGAGCGUGCUGUGAUGCUUGGAUGUGAUCGUAGCGAGGGCUUGCUGCAGGUUUGUGUAGAGCGAGGAUUCAAUGUACUGCAGUGUGAUUGCCUUGCAGUACCUUUCCGCGACGAGUCGGUCGAUGCUUGUAUCAGCAUAGCAGUCAUACACCAUCUAGCAACUGACCAGCGACGAAAGCAGGCCAUUUCAGAAAUGGUACGCGUGCUAAGACCCGGUGGAAAAGCACUGAUGUAUGUGUGGGCCAAAAACCAGGAAGCAAAUGCUCAAAAAUCCAGCUACUUACGGCAAAACAAACUUAACAACAAGCCUAGUGCGCAGAACGACCUAGAAUUAACCCGAGAAAGUGCUCCGAUAGUGCAAACAGAAAAUGUCGUUGUUGGGGUAACGGAUUGCACGCUUCCGGUGCAUACAAACCGGACACAAUUUCAACAUCAAGAUUUGCUCGUGCCGUGGAAAUUGCGGACAAAUGAAUCGCUAGAAAAGACUACAUUUCUACGAUACUAUCAUGUUUUUGAAGAACAUGAGCUGGAAAAACUCUGUCUGGCCAGUGGUACAGAUCAAAUCGAACUGGUGGAAAGUUACUAUGACCAGGGAAAUUGGUGCGUAGUGCUGGAAAAGAAAAGUUUCACAAACCCAACCACGAUCAGCAGUUAG